UACAUGAUUGAAAUAUGAGUGGAAUAGUUUAAUGGCUAAAACCUCAGUAGAAAACAUGUGAAGGCAUACAGCAGAGACGUAUUAUAGCAGAAAAAUUAACAAACAUGUUCAUUGUUGGGAUAUUAACAGUAUGACUGUUCAACUUCUUUUGUGAAGACUGUCGCUUCUUUUAUUUUUUAAAACAUAUUUUUUCCUUGAUAGAACACUAGAUUAUAGCAAAACUGAGAGGCGAAAUGAAAAAAAUUACACAUUUUUUUAACAAGGUUUUGAUGAAUAUUUUCCGGUUUACAGAAAGAGACAUAAUAUAGAAUCAUUUUUUUAAAUGUGUGGUUUGUAUAACCAGAACUACGUGUGAAAUUAAGUCAAAGUGGGAAAAAGCGUGUACUUAUACUGAAACUAAGAUUCACUGAAAGGAUUUCUAAAGCGAUUUUUAUUGGGGAGAGAGAAUAGUGUCCCAUUCAAACAGAUUGUAGAAGGACACAUUUUCUUGAAGUUAUAAGUAACUUUUAAAAAUUGUGAUGAAAUGAUUGCCUAAACCUCCAGGAAAUCCCGGUUGAAUGAAAGAAAUCUGUUUUCCAACUGUUGUUUAUCUUCCUUUUCAGGAAAAACAAUUUCGUGAUAUAUAUCUGAAAUAUCUUUAAUUAACGUUUUAAACUCUGGAAAAGGAACAUUUCCUUACAGCAUCUUUGUGUGCCUUGUUCUAGGAAGGAAACGAAAAAGAACUGACACCAACGAAUGGGAAAUAGGCUCGAAUCAAUCGUUUUGGGGUCAUUUAAGAUAAAGUGGAUGAAAACUAUUUUGACUGUUGCUUUGUUCCAUGUUCACAGGAAUAGUUUUCAUCUUGUUUCAAAGUGAAUUUGUUUUGAAAACAUGUGAAUUCACUGAUAUUUGAAAUUCAAGGGCAACCAAAAAGAAUCAACUUCCACUGACUUCCCACCACAAGGAAACUUUUUUGAUAUACGUGUAAACAAAUGAUGUCUCUACUAAAAGUCACGAUAUCGGAAGGCAGAUAUAUGCGCUCUGAAUCACGUAGUUCUUAUCACUAAUGAAUUCCCACACGUUAAUUUAAAAUAUAUUCUUUGUGAAUCAAAAAUAAGUGCGUAUGUAACAAAACGUAUAAAUCGUUAGAAACAUUACUGCCUCGUUACCAUGGGAAACGCUCCACCUCGAAACUCCUAUAAGGUAGAUCCAGACUACACCUCAACCGGAAGUACGGAGAGUUUACCUUCUCCAAGAUGCUAUCGUUACAACCUAACUCAAGGCAAAAGUCAAGGUCAAUACGUCACGCCAACUAUGACAAUGAAAAUAUCAUGUGAAAACUUGCAGCACCUCUGUUGCAGUCCAGAUGGAUCGGUUUGGGUUUGCAGACGACCACAAAUAAUCCAGCUUAAUUCAAAAGGUCAACAUCAGCUCGUUUUAGAAGUCAAAAUUGAGAUUUGUGGUUUAGCUGCCAGUAACAGGGGCUCUUUAGUUUUUACAGAUGGGAAAAACAAACGUCUCAUCUGCACGCAAUUCGAGGAUGACGUCAUCACUAAGAAGGUCUUGUCCACUGACGACUGGUACCCAAUUGGUGUCUGCUGUGCCGAAAAUGGUGAUAUCAUAGUUGGGCUCUUCAAACCUGAGGAGCAGGGCAGAGUUAGUCGAUACAGCGUAACCGGGGGAACGAGAAAUGUUAUACAGCAAGACAGUAGUGGGGGUCAGCUGUAUAAAUUUCCAGCUUUCGUCACUGAAAAUGGAAAUGGCGAUGUUGUGGUCUCGGACCACCUCAGACGUGCUGUGAUUGUUGUUGAUCGGUGGGGAAGGUAUCGAUUCACAUACACUGCAGAAAAAUUAAAUCGCCCGGAUGCUGUACCUUUUUUGCCGUUUGGAGUUUGCUGCGAUUCUUUAUUGAAUAUUAUAGUCUCUGAUUGUUGCAAUGACUGUGUGCAUCUUAUUUCUGUAAAUGGCGAGUUUCUACAUCUGUUGUUCGAUAAGACAAGUGGGUUGUACCGUCCUGUGGCUCUAUCCAUGGGCUCUGGUGGAAAAUUGUACGUGGGCGACAGAAAUGGGAUAAACGUUUUUCAUUUGGACAGUCAGAGGUCAUCUGAUGAAGAUGGAAAAGGUUCACGGACUAACAGUAUCUCCUCAGUAGGGCAUACCAGGAUUUCUAAUGACAGUGAAAAACUGCAGAGGUUACAGAAUUUUCAAGAGAUGUGUAAAUCAAAAAGCUCAUCCAGUCUAAAAUUAAAGACAGCUGGUGGCAGCAUUCAGAAUUACAACUUUGGAGUAGGAACUCCUUCUAGUGUAUCCAAAACAAUGACUCUUUCAAGCCUACCAAGAAAGAGGCCAAACAUAUCUGUGUCUCCUACUGCGUCCAGAUAUAAGGCAAGUACUUUGCCAAGAUCCACUGCUUUACUAAGCAAAUCAGUUACCAAUUUGAAUACAGUUGGUACAAUUAACAAGCCAGAUAUCGUAAAACCAUUAACAUCAUUCAAACCAUUUUCUGGGUCAAUGGCAUCAUUAAAUGUUUUAAACUCUCCAAAGCAUUCAAUUGCAUUAAAAGAUAAAUCAAAUGCUUUGAUGAGUUCCCCCUCCUUAGUUAGCAUGUCCCCUAAAGUUUCUAGAGCAGAAUCAAAAUUCAAUUCAGCCAUACCAAACAAGAUUACUUCUACUGAAUUAUCCAAUAAAACGACUAAGGAAUCAUUUUCUAACAAGCCAACACCAGCGAAGCCGCCGGUGAAUUCGUCAUCUAAUAAGCAACCAACAUCAUCACACAUAUCUAAAGCUACACCAACUUCAAAUGCAGGUGCAAAUAAACCAGUGGCAUCAAAAACAACCACGACACCAAAAAUGAAUGUGUCUUCAAAAUCGAAAGUCACUGAAAAAGAUAAGUCAAAAGACGGAGUGUCAUCUGUAAACUCGGCACAAGAGUCCUCUAAAACACAGGACAAAAGUUUCAGUUCAAAACAUGUGAUUCGUGAAGAGAGUUGUGAGGGUCAAGGACCAAAUCCACUUCAAACAAAUCCAAAGGAAUAUACAAGUAAAAGUUUGGAAAAGAGCGAAAAAAUCGCCAACAAAGAAACCAAAUCAAAGAUGAAAGAUCCUUUGCAAAGUAAAUCGUGUACGGAAACUGACAAAAGGAUACCCUUGAAAGUGUCUGCUGAAGGUAAUCUAUCGACGAAAUCGUCGAGUUCAGACAAAAAGAAAUUAAGAGAUUCUAAUAUUUUAGAGUCUACAAGAAUAUAACCGAGAAAUGUUCACUUAAAAUCGGAUAAGAUCUUUAUGGAACUUAGUGAAACGUUUCGCUUAUAUAGAAGAUAAGCAGAAAAUAUGAGUCAUUUUGAGGCUUUUCUGCACAAAAAUUUAAUGAUGUAAUAUUUUUAGAAUGGUCUGCCUUCAUGCCAAGUUCUUUAAGAACUUAUGAUAUUUAUUUUCUAAAAUCAUAUAAAAGCCAAUUUCAUAAUUUUUGUGAAUUAUUUAGGGCAAAGCCAAAAAUGUACUUUCUUCUUUACUUUGGAAAAAUAAAAAUAUCUAGUGAAAUUAUCUGAUUUCUUUCAUGAGGGCAUUUAAGUCAGCUAAUAAAUAUGCAAAAUAUGUACCAAAAUAUAUUUCAUGACUGAGGGAAAAUAAUUUUAAAUUGACGGAAAUGAACAAGUUUGUGACCUUCCUGUGAAUCUUGUGUUGUUUUUUUUUUUAUUACAUUAAUUGUUGAU